AUGUGGUGUCUCAUACUCCUCGCCUGCACGACCGCGCUCCCAGGAUUACUCUGUAGGAUGCCCCCACGCACGUCCUCGAAGGCGCGGCAGAACUCCUUCUGCCCCGCCGCCGACGCCGCGACAUACCGCGACCUGCUGCUCUUUGAGGAGCGUCUCAAGACGAACGCAGCGUCGCUCACCCGCCGCAAGCACCGCUACGAACUGUUUCUUGCCCAGCUCCUCGCGAUAAUCGCCUUCCUACUCUGCGAGGUGCUCCUCCAGACCGACUUCCUCGCGGUGCCCCUGGCGCUCGCCCUGCGCACGCUCGCGCCCGCGCGGUGCCCGCCCGGGGCGCCCGUGCGCGUGCAUCCGUACAUCGCGUCGGGGCUGCUCUUUGUCUCCGUCACGACGCUCGUGCUGUUCUUCGCGACGGGCAUGUACACGGAGAAGAUCGGCUACGCGAAUCGGUACGUCCCGCACGCGAAUCGUGCUCUGCGGAGCUUCAACAUGUACCUCAAUGUCCGCCAACCGCCGCUCCGCACCAAGCUGCCCUUCAAUCCGCUCGCACUGCUGUUCCCGCGCACGCCCUCCGCCCCCCCGCCGCCCGCAUCCGGGCGCGCGCUGUCCCCAGAGCGCACGAGGAAGCGCAACUCGUCUGUGCCGAUCCCGCCGAUCCCGCCGGCGUCGAAUCCGCGCGGGGAGCUCAUCUUCUCGUCGCGCGUCGAGCGCGCGUUCCGCGAGGCGUACGAGCGCUACCGCGGCGCGUUCGAGCGGCGGCGGGAGGAGCGCGAGCGGGCGGCGCAUGCGGCGACGUGGACUGGCUGGCUGGCCGUGCGGCUGCGGCUCCCGUGGGCGCAAGCACCGGCACCGGCACCGGUGCAGCAGGUGGCGGCUGCGGGGGGCGUGUCGAAAUUGGUGGGCGGAAAGGUGGGGAGCGCGAGGGCGUCGCCGGCAGGGUCGAGGCAGGGGAGUCCGGGGCCCAGUCUGGUGCCGGGGCGGAAGACGAGGAGAGCGUCGCCUGUGGGGACGUCGCACCCGCUGGCGGCGAGUGUGCGGGGGGAAGUGGCGUAG